CCGACCCCCUCUUUGGCGGUAGUCUCACCACUGAUAAUUACAACUUCAUUCCGAACAACAUCUCUAGAAAACGUCUGCCUGUCUCUGUAUAAUUGCCUUGGGUUCACUCUAUCACUUCCACAGGUCAUCCGCAGAACACAUCAGCUUGCGCCUCAAGAUGCCCCGAACCCGCAAAUCCGCCACUCGGCCCAGCCACUCUCUCCAGUCCACCCUCUCAUUCAACAACAAGUCUGCGCGGGUGACGAAGCCGGGCGCAAAUGCGCAGCGAGACGAGCACAGCGCUUCGGCGAAGAAGCUAGCCGAGGUUGCCGACGACGGGUUGAGAACGGAGCCGGAGGUGGCAGAGGUGAAGAAUGAAUCAGCUCCCGAGGAAAUCGAGGAGGAGGAAGACGCACGAGAUCUGAAAACGGAAGCAGAUCAAGAUAUAGAGCCAGACGCAAAAGAGGAGGAGGAAGAGGAGGCGUCGCUCAAAGCGAGGUCCAGAAGGAAGCACAAGGCCAAGGUUGCUGCAGGCAAGGACGACCGUGAACUCGCGGCCGAAAAGGUCACGGAUGCGCAGCUGAAGAAAUACUGGCAGGCGGAAGAGGACAGUCGGCUUGCUCCCAGAGUGCACCAAUCCGACCUCUCCAUCCACGAAAAGAUCCUGCGCCACUUCGACCUCUCGUCGCAAUACGGCCCGUGCAUCGGCAUCCCUCGCCUCCAACGCUGGCGGCGCGCAAACGCCCUGGGACUGGAGCCGCCCGUCGAAGUCCUCGCCGUCUUGUUGAGGGAACAAGACCACACCAAGAGCCAGGGAUGCGGCAAGAUGGCCUACAUUGACGAGUUAAGUGGGGGGCGGGUUGUUCUGGUGGAGUAGACGUGAUCUGGACGAUGUCAGACGAUACGACGGACAGCAAAAGCUACGGAACUCCACAGUUUCAGGCUAACAAAACAUGGGCAUGUUGUGCUGCAUUGGGAGUUCAGCCAUGUUGUUUCGACCAGAUCAGCUACAACACUGAAACUCUGGGCCUGGGCUUGUCUAAUGAAAAGCAGUGGCUGGCUGGGGGAUUGCGGUCAUGUCGGGACUCAAGACCUGCGAUGAGGAUGACCGCAAAAGAUGCCACAUAUGUGAUUGCAAGGGUGACGUGAAACCCAGAUCGUUGUUUAUGACACUCGAUCUAUGUACAAAAUGGCUUCACGGAAAGGAGUUCCAGGCGUGCGUGCUUUGCUUCAUUUAUGAGGACUGCGCUAGAACACAAGCACUUGAAACAUGAAGCAACAGGGUUGAAAUGUCUUGACUUUAUACUAAGAAAUGUGAUCACGCGCCGGAGCAAAGAUUUGCUUGAAGCAGAAUGUCAUUACCGCCUCGGUCUAAUGUUGUUCUUUACACAAAGUCGCUUG